AAGAUGUCUAAACUGCUACAAAGCAUUGUCUCUACCAUCGAGACUUACUAUCAAUAUGCUACCCAAGAAGAAGAGUGUAGCAUGUUGAACAAAGCAGAGCUAAAAGAACUUUUGGAAAAUGAGUUUCGUCAAAUUCUGAAGAAUCCAGAUGAUCCAGACACUGUAGAUGUCAUCAUGCAAAGCCUGGAUCGAGACCAUAAUAGGAAAGUGGAUUUUACAGAGUUUCUUGUGAUGAUAUUCAAGCUGGCUCAGGCUUGUAAUAAAAUCAUUGGCAAAGAUUAUUGCCAAGCUUCAGGGUCAAAUCAGAGAAACCAUGGUUACCAGCACCAAGAGGAACAGAGAGAAACAGAAGAGGAGGGGAACGGUGAAGAAUCAUCAUCCAGUCGUUCGAGUUGGAAUUCCAAAGGCUCUAGCAGAAGUAUUAGACACAAGGCUGGGUCCAGCUCCAGAAGAGUUGAGAAUCAAGAUGACUUCUCUAAUUUUGAACACAGGCAAAGCCCUUGGGAAAAGAUAGAGUCAAGCUCCAAGGGCAGUGGAUUCGGCUCAGGGAGCUGUAGAGAGCAAUAUCAUUGGUCAGAUUCAAAUGAGUCUACUGGCUGUGGGCAGCAUAAGUUUAGUUCAGGUAGUUGUGGAGGACAAGACCAUUGGUCAGACUCAAAUGAGUCUACUGGCUGUGGGCAACACAGAUUUUGCCCAAGUCAGCCUAGUCAAAAGGAAUGGCCGAAGUCAAAUUCUGGAUCACAAUCACAAAACUGUGAAGAACAAGGAUAUCAUUCUAGUUCAAGUGAAUCCUCCAGUUAUAGAACGCAUGGGUCAAAUUCAGGACAAUCCUCUAGUCAAAGAACACGAGGAUCCAGUUCAAUCAGUCACUCAGGGGGUUGGAAAAAAGAAACACAUGGAUCGGGCUCAGGCCAGUCAUCAAGCUGGGGCCAGCAAGGAUCGAGCUCAGGCCAGUGUUCUAGCUACAGUCCAUAUGCAUCUGGAUCAGGUCAGUCUUCCAGCUACAGUCAUAAUGUGUGUAAUUCAGGGCAAUCGUCUUGUCAUGGUCAGCAAGGAUCUCACUCAGGUCCAUCUUCUGGGUCUGAUCAAUGUGCAUCAGGAUUAGGGCUCUCUUCUAGUUGUAGCAGCCAAAGAUCUAGAUCAGGUCAGUCAUCUAUCUGUAACCAACAAGGAUCUAGUGAAAGUCAUUCUUCUAGCUGUGAUGAAUAUGGAUCUUGUUCAAGACAGUCAUCUAGCUGUAGCCAACAAGGAAGAUGUAGGUCAAGUUCACGUGAAUCUUGUGACAAUAAACCUUGUGUAGGUUCCAACCCCAAUCAAUCAGGAAGAAAUUGUCAGGAAUGGCCAGGGAAUUACCAAAAAGAGGGAAGUACAAGCCACAGUCUAUCAGGUAAUGAGUCUAAUUGUCAUGAGAGUAUUCAUGGACCAUCAGGAGUAUGUAGACAACAACACCAAGAAUUUGGCCAGGGUCAGUGGGAAUCUAACUGUGGUCAUUCAAUCUGUGGUGAAGGACAAUCAGGAAGAAGUUAUGAACAAGUAGAAAGUUCCUCAAGUUGUAGUUAUGGACAAUCUAUACCCUGCUAUGGCCAGUCUGGACCCAAUACAUUUUUAACUAACAAUGAACUAUAUAGACAUUGUAGAUAUAUGAAAGAAAGUAAUUGUGGAAGAGGAAGUACAGGCCCAAGUUCCCACAGCUUCUGUAGUAGCACUCCACUCUAUAAGUAUGUCCAAGAGCAGAGGUGCUAUUUCUAGGGAGGAAUAAUGGAUAUAAGUGAAAUUAACUCAAAUAAUGCCUAAGGAAAUUAGAAAUGUCUACAUAUACACAAUACAUCAUCAACUUUCUAAAAAUAAAUAUGUUUCUAUUCUUUUUCUUUUAAACUAUAUUUCUUGUUAUUGACUGUCUUUCAAUGAAUGUAAGGUAUUUGGAGCGGGGCUUCUUUAUUAGGUAAUAUUGGGUUGCAUAAAUAUUGGUGUGACUAAAUUUGGAAAAUAAUGCAAAGCAUUUUAAGACCUUGGGGUAUUGUUGGGAUGUCUUGCUGAAAGCUUAUUCAUUAAGAGAAUGCCAAAACUAAGUUUGCAUUUCUAAAGUGGAAAAAAUGAUAAAUACAUUGCCAGUAUUAGAACCAAAGCUUUCUGUUACAGCAAUAUAUACCACAAUUUUGGCAUGCCAUAUAUUGAAUGGUGGCUGAGAGAAGACCCUGAAAGAAAAGAUGCAGCUUUAGUCAUUUCUUUGAUUAUCAAAACCUUCAUAUUUCUAUUCUAGGUGAAUCUUUAUUCAGUAAACUAGCAAGUAGCAUUAGAAAUUACCACCAGGUGCUUCUUCCUAGUCAGUGAGUAAAGGCGUUGUUUCUUUGCAACCAGGAAUGAACCAGUGUUGGACCAAAGAAUUUCAGUUUGGGUGGGCUCUGGCUUGGUUCCAGCAAGAAAACUAGACCCUUACGCUCAAGAAUAUGCUCCAGUUUGGAAAACUUUUGAAGAGUAAUAGCAAAGCAAUACCAUAUUCCGUCUUACUUUUGUAAUUCAAUGGCAUUUUUACAUGAAAAUAUCAUCCAUGUCCAUUGCUGCAAAGUGUCUGGGUUUGACUGUAACAUAUUUGUUUCAAGUCUUUGGAUUUUAACAACUGGAGUGUAUUUAAAUUGACAAUA